AUGGGCCAUUUCCUGAUCCAUCUCCCUGACCUCCAACCCCACCCCCACCUCCCCACCAUGAAUCCCCAAGACUGCACCUCCAAUCCUGGGGACUUCAACCUCUCCUCCUCCUCCAUCGGCUACUCCACGGUCACCAAGUCCUUCAUGAACGGGUCCGGCGAGAGCGCUCCCUUCCAGGACAGCAGCACCGUUAUCACCGCGGUAAUCUCUAUGACUGUAUUCAUGGUGGGACUCCUGGGCAACACGCUGGCCAUCUACGUGGUCCUGCGCUAUGCCAAGAUGAAGACUGUCACCAACAUGUACCUCCUGAACUUAGCCCUGGCAGAUGAAUUGUACAUCUUAGGACUUCCCUUCCUGACCACCCAGAAUGUGCUCUCCUAUUGGCCGUUCGGGCAGUUCCUGUGCCGCGUGGUCAUGACCGUAGACUCCAUCAACCAGUUCACCAGCACCUUCUGCCUGACCGUGAUGAGCAUUGACCGCUACCUGGCCGUGGUGCACCCCAUUCGGAGCGCCAAGUGGCGGCAGCCGAAGGUGGCUAAGAUCAUCAACGGGAUGGUGUGGGUAGUGUCAUUCGUGGUGGUGCUGCCAGUCACCAUCUACUCAGAUGUGCAGGACCGCUUCAACUCGUGCAACAUGAGCUGGCCUGAUCCCCAGGAGCUGUGGUCAACAGUCUUCAUCCUCUACACGGCCAUCUUGGGCUUCUUCGGCCCCCUGUUAAUCAUCUGCCUCUGCUACCUGCUCAUCAUCAUCAAGGUAUAGUUGGUUUGUGCUAUAACCCACAUCCUCUUUAGUCUUAUGUUGUUCAUUGUUUGUUCAUUGUUUGAGGCCACAUUCCAUUUCAGUCCCUAGUCCCUUCUUCUCACUGUCCCAAACUUAAUUCUAAUGGUUCUUAGGUUUGGUUCCAUUUCCAAACCCAAUGGACCAGUGCCUUAAACCCUGGCCUGGGUCUUUAACCUCUCCAAACCACUCUAUAAAUCCUCUCAAUAUAGUGAUGUUCAAAGGUAUCCAUGUCCAAAGAUAUUCAUUCACAAAGUCACUGAGCAAAACCUCCCAUUCAUUACAGGUGAAGUCUGCCGAGGCCAAAGCGGGCCUGACCAAGCGGCGCCGCUCCACAUGCAAAGUCACUGACCAAAACCUCCCAUUCAUUACAGGUGAAGUCUGCUGGGGCCAAGGCAGGCCUGACCAGGCGGCGCCGCUCCGAACGCAAAGUCACCCGCAUGGUGGUCAUCAUCGUGGUGGUCUUCGUCAUCUGCUGGCUGCCCUUCUUCACCACCAACAUAGUCAACCUCGUCUUCAUCAUACCAGAGAACAGCGUCACCGCCGGCGUCUACUUCUUCCUGGUCAUCAUGACCUACGUCAACUCCUGCGCCAACCCGCUCCUCUACGGCUUCCUGUCGGACAACUUCAAGCAGAGCUUCAGGAAGGUCCUGUGUCUCCACAAGGCCAACGGGGUUGGGGUGGGGGACGGAGGAGACAUGGGGAGUGGAGGGAGACGUCCCAUAUCCCCUAGGCUGGAGAGGGUGGAGACGACCCAGCAGCACGACCCGCUCUUCACCCCCCGGAUCAUGGACUUCAAGAAUGGACACAUGCAGAACAACCAGGUAGGUACAUCUAUAAGAAAUAGAACGACUAGAACGGACAUUCACAAUAAAGUGAAUGUUUCAUGAUGGGUGGACUACUAAUUCUAUGGGUCAAUCUUCUACCCAAGAACUGUGAAUGGCUGUGAGGUAUCACUUAUUUUGGUCAGUCUGCCAAAGAUAAUCUUGAAGGCUGUCAGUUUCAUUUAUUGGUAGUCAACCGCAGCAUACAAUAUAAAUAGAUUCACAGCCAAUUUAUAUGUAAUACAUCUAAAUGAUAGUAUUUGAUAGUUUGAUCACCUGCAGAGCAUCUUAAGAAGUCAAACCAGCAGUAG